UCAGCGUUACGUUAUUUAGAAAAUUAUUACAUAUCAUGACCCUAAAUACUGUGUCUGGCAAGGUCGCAAUCGUCACGGGGGGAGGGUCAGGCAUUGGCCUUGCAUUCGUCCGCCUGCUGCAAUCUAGAAACUGCAAUGUUGUUAUCGGAGAUCUUUGCUUGAUCGAAGAAUCAAAGGUGCUCGUGGAAGAAAGCGCCGUUCGAUCUGUCGCUAAAGUUCUAUUUAAAGAAACAGACGUCUCAGACUGGAAGCAGUUGGGGGAACUAUUCUCCUUUACAGAGAGUCAUCUAGGUGUUCCAGACAUCGUGUGUCCUGGCGCAGGAGUAUUUGAGCCAAAAUGGUCAAACUUCUGGGAGGACAGUGAGACAGACAGUUACAAGACAAUUGCCAUUAAUUGCGAACACCCAGUGAAGGCCACUCGUCUCGCAAUUCGGGCCUUUUUGAAAGCGGACAAGCCCGGCGUUAUUGUCCAUAUAUCAUCGACCGGAGCGCAGGUUGCUGCAUUGAACAUUCCAAUAUACUGCUCAAGCAAGGCCUUCAUCAGCCACUUCGUGCGUACCUUAGCAUCUCUUCAGGCAGAAAACAUCAAAGUAGUUGCCGUUGCCCCUGGAGCCGUAAAUACACCAUUAUGGAGCAAAUGGGAUAAUGAGGGCUCUGAGCGUGGGAAAUCUGAUAGGAGUGCUUGGGCUAGUCCGGCUGAGAUUGCUAAAGUCAUGCUGGCUCUAUGUGAAGAUUCGCAGUAUCAGGGAGGUACCGUUCUCGAGGCCUAUGGUGGUGGCCGAAUACGACGAGUCGAGAUGUUGAACGAUCCUGGCCCAUCUGGGGCUGAUAUAGGAGUUGAUGGUCGUCCAAAAGGACUAUCAAGGGAUGAUCUGAAUAUUAUGCAGGAGGAAAUCCAGGAGCACUUAGCCCGUGAGCGGGGGAACGCGUGAAGAAUAUCAGUUUUAUGGGACGCGGGUUAUCUCCAGGGUCUGUCAGGGGCAGCAAAGUUAUAAGGUUAUGCAUGCAAACAGCCAUGAAUGAGCACGCUUGAUACCUGUUGGUGAUCCAUCUACGUUGAUGGAUGCAUACCUGGUCCUUAG